GCCUCGUUCUAAUGACCUACUCCCACGACGAGUGGAGGGUCCGUGGUCGGCUUCGAGCGGAGCCGAGUUCAGUCGCUGCCUGACCGGGGUCUGGGCCUUUUCCGUGGGUCUGAUACGUUCACGUCCGAUGCCAGAGACUUGCACAGUCCUGUGAAAGCUGGGCCUUCGUUCCUUUCGCGCACACGGUACGUGUUCCUUUCAUGCACACCUUUCGACCCUGAAUACUGGUUCAGUGCCGGCUUUCCGGACACCUUAAAGUCUUCGCACAACUGUUCCUCUUCGUUACUUUCAAUGUGAUAGCGAACGCGGAUGUUUUGAUGGAAAGUGCGUCCUGGAUUGAAUCAGUGUAUGGAUUAUCAUCUGUUUCUGUAAUACAAAAUCACAGAGGCCAAGUUUCAUCGCCACAAACAUGCAUCCACGGAUUAUUAGCUUAAUGUUCAUUGCGAGUGUGCUAGUCGUAAAGGAAGUUUCAUCUCACGGAAGACUGAUAGAACCACCAUCGAGGGCCUCCAUGUGGAGGUAUGGCUUCGAUACUCCGCAUGAUUACAACGACCACGAAUGUUACUGCGGAGGAUUUACCAGACAAUGGCAACGAAAUAAGGGAAAAUGUGGAAUCUGCGGGGAUGCUUGGGAUACGCCAACGCCACGACCGCACGAGACUGGGGGGAAGUAUGGAAACAGCGUGAUAGUAAGGAAAUACCGAACUGGAUCGGUAAUACCGGUCCACGUGGAGCUCACGGCGAAUCAUCAUGGUUACUUUGAAUUUCGUACGUGCUCGAUGACCUACAAAGGCAAAGAAGUUGACCAGGGGUGCUUGGAUCAGCAUCUGCUUCGUAUGGAGAACGGAACAAGCAGAUAUUACCCUGGACCAGGGAACAGGAUUUUUGAGGCAUUUUACAAAUUACCUGAUGACCUGACCUGCGCUCAAUGCGUUUUCCAGUGGAAAUACGUGGCUGGGAAUAAUUGGGGCGAUUGUGGAAAUGGAACAGGGGCUGUAGGUUGUGGUCCUCAAGAAGAGUUUCGUGGUUGUGCAGACAUCACCAUAGGAGACGAGGUUGAACCUCUACCACCAAAGCCACCAGUGGAACCUACAUCUGUACCUGGAGAAAAAUCACCCACAGAACCAACUUUGGUACCAGAGCCGAGUCCUUAUUGGUUAUUCAGUAUCGUUAUCGCUGGUACGUGCCUGCUGGUUGUGCUGGCGGCUAUGGCAUUGCUUUACUCGUAUUACUAUCACGCUGGCAAAGCCAAAAAGUGGCUUAUGACGAGUCGAUUGUUGUCACCUGAAAGUCCACCUGUCGCUCCACCCAGGCAUAAAAAACACAACACGUUCAAUGCACCACUGCAGCUGUAGACAAGCGUUUGAAAUUUAACGUAGGGUGACCAACUACGUGUGAAAUAAAAAAAGAAGAAAAUAUGGAAUUUUGUGACAAUCAUUCUGUGGAAACUAUUUCUACAUAUAUUUUGAUACAUGAGAAACAAAUAAUACAAAUGGUCACCCUGAUUUAGUGUUAUAAUUUCCUUAAAGUGAAAUUUUUCUGAUUCGUUCUAUUAAAAAUAUUUUAGAUCAAUUUUUCAUGUUAUGUUUUGUGUACAUGAGAGAAGUAUCUUGUGAUAAAUGUAUGACAGAGAAAGUUGCCUCUAUUUACGUUUAGAAUAAGGAGUGUUCGCAUUUGUCGCACACGCAUACACACUUCUUUGCAUUCUGUGUAUAUAUAAACUGUUUUACAUUAAACGUAUUUAUUUUCUACGAACUCGUGGUUCCUGGUUUAUUCAUCGUCGCUUUUAAAAAGAUAACAGUCUUGUAAAUAUAUAUACAAGUGAAAGAAACCACAUGAUGGUGAGAAUUCUCUAAUAGACGUGCUUUAAGUAAGUGUAAGGAAACUUUGUUUAACCUUGUUACUUUUAUGCUAUACACUCUGCUUUGAAAUAAAUAAGGUUUCAAAAAGAA